AUGACAGUGUACCGGCCGUUCGAUGAAGGGUCCACGGGAGACUCACUGGAUGAUUUUUUCUCUUCGUUUGAAGUGGCGCUGACCCAAAGCACUUCCGCUUGGACGAGUCCCAGCAGCAAGAAUAAAAAGUCAACACCUCCUCCUGAAAAAGAAGAGCAUCCCACUACUAGUAGUAGCCCAGCAUCCGUAGGGCACCUGUUUCCGCACGACGAAGAAGAUGCUGGAUUUGGAGUGGAAGCUACAGCAACGUUGACCUACCAAGACGACGGCGGAUACAAGAUUUACCCAGACCAGACCAUCUUGACCACUAGUUCCAAUCUCUACACAACGACAACAACGCCCGUUUCUCCCAAAGUACGCUCCUUGAGUGACAACGGCGACGACGACAAAAUCCCAACUGCGGUUGCCUCAUCACCUUCCUCUCAUUACGACGAAUACGGAUUCCCUCUCUUCACGAGCUCGUUUCAUUCGACGCAGCCAACCACGGUGGCCGACGAGUCUACUUCGUUGCUUUCUUUGCUGGCCGACAAGUCCCAGCGGUCAGCUGCCAAGUCCAAUCAGACAGCUGCUACGAGCUUGUCUCUCUGGUCGACUCAUCGCCAGAACCUACCGUCCACAACGACCAGUACUUCUAGGUCACUCCUGACCCCAUCCACAGGAGGAGGCGCCGCCACUCACCGUCGGUCCCCACGCCGCGUCGACGAAGUCAUCAAAGUACUCUCUUUGGAUAUCAAAGAUUCCAGGACAAAGACAAAAGUCAAACAAGCUUACCAUACUGAAGACCUCAUUUACACCCAUCCACAUCCAGAGAUUGAUUGUAAUCUCUCGUCCACUUCGGUUUCCACCAUGACCAAGGAAAAUCAGAGCAUCCAGUCGUAUCAGAAAGUCCGCAAACGACCCAUUCACAACUCUCAUCAGGGCAUUACCAAGGCGUUUUCCAAACUGGCGCUUUGUGGACACUCGGCUCGAGAAGACUCGCUCAAUCUAGAAUAUGUCGUCUUGACGCUCAAACAAGCCAUUACGACGGAAGAAGCCACCGCGUCUCUCAAACACGUCGUAAAGGUCCUCAAGGAUGGACGCAAUCAAACUGGAAACCACAAGAAUGGCAUGUCCACCACGGAAUUGCAAGAAGGACUGGUCGCUGCCGGUGCCGAUCACUGCGUCAUUUCCACGCUUUGGAACUUUCCCAGCAAUAUUCCCGUACAGUACUAUGGAAUUGUGGCAUUGGGAGAAUUGGUGGCGCAUUCGCAUUUGCCCAAUCAAAAGAGUAUUGUCCUCAAGGGAGGUAUUGAAGUUGUGCUGACUGCCAUGAAGACACACAUUGAACAAGAAGCCGUUCAAGAAGAAGCGUGUCGGACGCUCAAGAAUAUCAUGAAGUACUUUGACACCGCCAAGCAACAAGUGACACGACACAAGGGAAUCUCACGGAUUCUACAAGCCAUGAUGACACACCCCGAGUACGCCACGGUCCAACGACAAGCUUGUUAUGCCCUCACCAGUUUGUCAUGCCUCAAGACGAUUAGUGAUGAACUCGUUCUCAAACAGGGACACGCCGUUUUGCUCAAGACGAUGCAACAUCACAAUGAUGAUCCAUACGUGUUGGCAGAAUCAUGGAGGACAUUGACGAAUAUCAUUAUUCAUGCCAUGAACACUACCUUGGAUGAAGAAAUUGCUGCUCACGGAGUACCCUUGGUGUUUGAAGCACUCCACAAGUUUGCCGAUUGCACAUUGGUCCCCAUUCAAGCCCGUGGCAUGACGCUACUUACCCAUUUAUGUUACCGCAGUCCGGCCAAUUUGGAACAAGUCACACAGACGGAUCACCUCGAAAUCAUUCAUCGGAUCUUGCAACUGUGGAGGUACGACGAAAAGGUACAGGCGGCGGGCGAAAAACUGGUGCAGCAAAUUACGCAGGCUGGAUAUCCUGGGCCUGCCAUGAUGAUGAUGCCCAACCGUGGAGUGUCGCCUCCCGUCACUGGUCGCAGCAACAGUGCCAAGAGGGCUGGUCGCAGCAUCAGCCGAACGAGUCGUCGCAAUGCUAGGAGUCAAUCGUCCUCAAGUAGUCGCAACAACAACAAACCUCCACCGCCAAAUGCCGUCAUUAGUCAGAUUCGCAACGAACGUGGCCUCGACGUCAUUGUCGAUGCUACCAUGUACUGA